UACAGAAUGAAUAUGGAUCCCCUCUCCCUGCUACUUCAGCCGCCUGUUCAUUAUCCGGUUUGUGGGGUGUUACGGGCAGUAGAAUCAGGGGCUAGGGGUGGUUAACCCAUAUAAUUCCUGCCAUGUGUGCUUCUUUCUGUUGUUCCCUACAUGUGCACAAUUUUUGGGGGUUUGCGUCCUGGAAAAAUGGUUCUUGUUCAAGGCAGAGUCUCUGGCACAGCUAAUAGAUUCCAGAUAGAUCUACAGGUGGGUUGCAGCACAAGGCCACGAGCUGAUGUGGCUUUUCAUUUUAACCCCCGAUUCUCUUCCUCUGAAACAUCAGUAGUGUGCAAUACUCUGCACAUGGAACAGUGGCUUCAUGAGGUCCACCAUCCUGGUCCUCAGCUUCGCAAGGGGCAACCAUUUUUGUUGCUCUUCCUUUUUCUGGAGGACAAAAUCAAGGUCAGCAUUAAUGGCCAACACCUUCUAGAUUACCCCAACCGUCUCCCACUGUGUGAUGUAGACACAAUAGGAAUACAUGGAGAUAUCUCAGUGCAGGGGAUCUCUUUCCUGUGCAGAAAUCCUUUUAGUGACAGUAUCACAGAAUAUCCAGUGUGCCAGCCCCUAAAACUUGGCAAUGUGGCGAUGACUACACCCCUUUCAAAGACUUUACCCAAUGGUAUCUCAGAAGGCCACAUGACUACCGUGCGUGGUCUAGCGUCAGCCAACCCAGAUGAGAUUGUUAUCCUGUUAAAAUCUGCUGACUUCAUUCCUUUCAAGCUAACUGCCAGCUUUAGAGACCAGACCCUGCUUUACAGUUACCUAAUGGGCCCACGGUGGGCUGAGCCCCAGGAAAUUCAGACUCCAUUUUUCUUGUUUCAUGCAGAAAGAUUUGUUCAGAUACACAUCUUUUCUGAGACUAAUGGCUUCAGGCUUGCAAUUAAUGGGGUGCCACUGGGUGUAUUCUGUCCUCCUGUUCUGGACCUGAAAUCCAUUAAUGAGAUACAGAUCAAUGGCAGCAUCAAAAUAUACAGUUUUAUAUGCUGACCUCAUUCCAUCACAUUGCCCAUAUAUGAUUUUCUUGAUAGUUGAGACUUGCCUUCCACUAUCUUUCCUGUUCUGCGCAGAACAGCCCCCUACUCUAGCAUGCUGCAAUCUGUUUAUACUGGAUCAUCUUGAUGAAUAAAUGAUGGAAAGGUC